GUCACUAGGAAACAGAGAAAAACUCAUCCAGUUAAUGCUAAGUAUGUCUAUGAGACUGAAUGACGAGGCCAUGCGCCAAUUCACGUUGGCCAAAAUACAGGAUGGGACCAAUAUGCGCAAGAGCUCUUUGGACUUCUCCGCCGAUGGACGUCGCUUGCUUGUCUGCGACCCCUCGACCCUGACCCUCAUCAGCAGCAGCCGUCAGUCCGUGCUCUGCCAGGUGCACAUGCAUCACUACAGUCCCGAGGUGGCCUGCUUUGCCCAGCCGGAAAACCGCGUUCUGCAUGGCUCUUCCAAGACGAACUAUUCCAUCUACUGCCAGGAUUUGAAUAUACGCAGUGUCGUUCGCCAGUUUUGUGGCCAUUCCAAGGGUGCCCAUAUACUGAGCACUCAGCCGGCAAAUAGCAAUAUCUUCAUCAGUGCUGGACGGGAUGAUCAGGUCUACAUGUGGGACUUCCGUGUCCCCACCCACACAUAUCAUCUGAAGAAGCUUCUCAGUCCGCUGUGUGACUACGAUCCGACCGGCAUGACCUUUGCCACAACUUCAAAAUCGAUGCGUGUCGACAUCCACGAUGUGCGGAAGCUAGGUGAAAAGCCUCGUUUGAAGUUUGAGUACAAUAAUAACGACGGGGCGGAUUGGACCCAGCUGCAGUUUUCGCCCGAUGGGAAGACACUGUUGCUUAGCACGAAUCGUUCACGGUUCUUUAGUUUGGACGCCUUGACCGGGUGCUUACACCAAUCUUUCUCUGGGUAUUGCAAUGAGCAGUGUCUGCCGCUGAAGGCAGCCUUUACUCCAGAUUCACAGUUCGUACUGUCGGGAGACGAUCACGGCCAGGUCUACGUCUGGCGAGCUUCAAGCGGAAAGGUAGCAGCUUUGUUGAGAGGCAGAAAUGUGGGUCCGGUGCGCUGCCUGCGCUUCAAUCCCAAGGCCACGAUGUUUGUCAGCAGCAAUCAACGCGUUUCUUUCUGGAUGCCUAAGCGCAAUGGAGUGUAUGACUGGGUGGAGGCGCCAGAGGCACCAGAGGCGCAGGCAGUACGGAAAUCCAAAGCAAAUCCAAAACCGUUUCCAAAACCAAUCAUGAUGCCUCUGCCUAUGACAGAAAGGAAUCAGCCGCAAUCCUGGCUAUCAAUACACAAUCGACAUUUGAAAAGGAGGCGCAUGGGACCUCCUACAAUUGAUCUUACCGGAAGUGAUGACGAGAGCGAACUGGAGGACGGGGAAAUACGCAACUAAACCAGUCAGUGAUAAUGGUCGCUACCAAUAGAGAGGAGCUGCAGUAGUCAAUCAACCCCCUCCCACAAUAACACCGCACUUGGCCAAAAGUUUCCGGUCCAGGAACCCUUCACUCGCUUCCCAGCAGGAGCUCCCUUAACUUUGCUGGUCUCCUUAUGCUUUUGAGACACAAAUUGUUGAGUUUAGCCAGCAAAUUGCACAGCUGGCUGCGUUCGACUUCUGCCUAGGAUUGGUGGGGGAGCUGGAAACUUUUGCCAACUUUUCCCUCUGUGUAUACUCGUACUCUAUAUGUAUAUAUGUAUGUUCUUGUAGCACUGACAAGCGUUUCAUUUAGUUUUUGUGGCCAUAAAAAGAAUUCCCUCUCUUUUAAUAUUAAUGAAAUCUUUUGCCAAGGCCCCAAAAAGGAGUCCCUAGUACCCGCACACACAAAUUGCUGUUGAAGUUCUGAAGUUGUAACUCUAAUUGAAUAUGUGGAUGGGUGCAUUCGGUCCUAUUCAGUUCUCCUCUAAACUUUCAAUGAGCGAUAUGAAGUUUUGAAUGCGCCUCAUCAUGCAACUGCAAAAGGCUUAAGUUAUCACAGAAUCUCGUCAGAAGCUGUGGACGAAACUCAACCACAAGACGAGUGUGUAUUGCUCUACGAAUAUGUGUGUAUUGUAUGUUCCUAGAU